AUGGGGAAGCGGCAAGUAGAAAAUGGGAGCAAGAGGAAGGACAGGAGAGAGAGGGGAUCGAAGGAAGAGCUAGCGGAAGAGGGACCAAGGGGUGGAGCACCAGGCGGCGGCUCGCUCCGGUCCAACUCCAGCUCGGAGCGGAGGGAGGGCGCCCAGGAAGAGCGGUCCCGGCCGGCCGGCAGGUGCCCGGGCCGCCCUCCUGCCCCCCAGUCCGUUCCCAAAUGCCCCCCAGCGCUGCCGCCACCGCCCCCUCGCCCUCUCGCCCUCACUCUGGGGGCCGCGGCCGCUCCCGGGCUCGGGGGCCGCGGCUCCCGGGACUCACCCAGACUCCGGGGCGGGGCGCAGGAGCAGCCCAUCGGGCUUCCAGGCGGGCGGCAGCGGCGGCAGGAGCGGCCGCCGCUCGCUGAUGACGCAGCGGGGAGCGGCCCCAGGGGGCCCGGCGCGGGCGGAUGA